UAACCUGACCCUGGGAGCAGGCCUUGCGGUUAUCCUCUAGAGUGGCUACAGCUGUCACCUCUCUGAAGCAGUUUAGAGCAGUGGAUUUAGUCAAAGUCUAAUGAAGUUAGUGCAAGUCAACAUAUCUCUGUUAUAAUUCCAAAGUACUGCCAAAUAAAAAAGGCAGCAUUAUUUCUGGAAAAAAAAGAUAGAAAAAAAUCAGCAACAAAAGGGAAAGUGUUCUAAUUUAGACUGUUCUGCGGCCAUUGUCAGUUUAAAUAGUGUUAUAAUACCAUGAAGGCUUUUAAACUGUAAAAUAAUCAUUUAAGCCAUGAACAACAGAUUAAAUUUGCAGUCAGGUCACACAGAACUUAUACUUACCUCACACGUGUGUCAGAUGCUUCCACAAACUGCAUAUUACAAGGAGCAACCCUCUUGUUCAAAGAAUCCUAAAGAAGUCUCAGUUUCUCAUGUGAACAUUCAAGGAAGUAUCAGAAGCAAAAACAUCCUCACAGAAGAUCAACAGCAGGAACAACGGAGGAAGAUUAAUAGCAGAGAGAGGAAGAGGAUGCAGGAUCUAAACCUGGCCAUGGAUGCCCUCCGAGAUGUGAUUGGACCCUAUUCGACAACAGUACAUUACCAGAAUUUACCAGGGAGGAAACUCUCCAAAAUGGCUACACUGCUCUUAGCCAGGAAUUAUAUUUUACUUCUGAACAGCUCCCUGCGGGAAAUGAGAAGAGCGUUGGCAGAGCUCAGUGACUCGGGUCACACGAUGCUCCUUACAGGACUGCCUUUACUCACUACCCCAGCAACUGUCUUACUCACUCAUAGCUCACUUUCUCAUCCUGAAGGCAUUAUAGCCACAAAAUAUUUUACCUUCUCACCUGACGAUCAGCAGUAUCAGCGGUUCAUUUUUCCACGGAGAUUUGUGUGUGCUUGUGCGACCUGCAAGCUAUCGAAUGCUGUCCCUUCAAAUCUCACCUUAACAGCAGUUCAGACAAGGCUUCCCAAGUAACAGUGGGUAUAACAGUGGCAAAUCCUAAGUGCUCAAUCACAAGACAAAACGAAUGGCUAACUGCACUGCAAAAUAUUUCACAAAGCACUUGGCACUCAUUUUUUUUCUUACCAUUUUAAUAUUACAAAAUGUAAUUGCAAAGCAGGAAAAGAAGUACAGUAACUUUGUUCUGUCAGUCACUGAAACCAAGGACCACAGACAUUUAAAUAUUUCAGCCCUCCAGGACAGGGGAAGUAGUUCAGUAAAAGUGGACAGAGAAGGACUGCUGUAGGAUCUGACAGGCUGAAGCAAUUGUAAAAACGAAGGUAUAUUGCACCAAUUUGUUAUCUUAACCUUUAAAUAAUGCCCACAGCCACCAACAAAGCUGAAUUCGGAUGAAAUCAACCUCACUGCACUUAUCACCUUGUUAUGGACUGGGUGCUUAUCCGUCAGUUUUCGUUACUUUGUAUUCCUUCUGCUAUACAAUGUAUUAAGUGCAUUUUGUGCAUUAGUGGAUAAUGCUGGCAGAGUAACUAGGCUUGCAGGCACACUUUAAGCGUCCAUAUUAAAUGUAGUUCUACAAUAUAUUCAAAUCUCCAGAUUAAUCCAGAUCAGAGGAAUAUGUGAAUGCACUAGUGCAACUGGACUCAAAAGUUAUGAGCAGUGGGAAAUAUAUUAAAAAUCUAGUUUUAUUGGUGGGAUAUACAUGCAAUGGAAAUGAUAACUUGUCAGUAACAAAAAUGAUCACAUAUUUUAUCAAUAAUUCUGUCUUCAUUUCUGCUAAGCUUUCUUAUAUAUUUGUUUCACUUCCUCUUAUCCCUUAUUUAGUAAGCUGUAAAAGCACUGAUAGAAGGUAGAAGGUAUGGUUACUCUGGCACUCAGAAUUAUUGUUGGGCAGAUCUGCCCUAAUUAGCUAUGAUUUAUAUAGUUAUGAGACACUUUCAUUCCACAGCACAUGCAGUUUGUAGUUUUCUGUUCUACUUAUUGAUACAAUAUUUUUUCUUGAUACAGAUGAAAUACCUUAAUAACAAGAUAACAAUGUUUUAUAUAAAUAUAUUAAAUCAGUUAAAACUGGAGCUCUGAUCUAAUUAUCUAUGAAACGUGCAAGCAUAAUUUACAUAGUACAAACCUAAGUCACACUUACUGGCAUCACAAAUAAAUAAACAUAUAUAUUUUUAAGGAAUGUAAAACAAAGAGAACACUGCAUAAAGAAAAUCAUUUUGAAGUAAUUACAUGUCUGUUAAAAUGGCAGAGUCACCUAUUUACAGAAAACAAAAACAAACAGCAACAAAUCCAAAAAUCAAAGAUUUACAUUUUACAAGAGUCAACAUGUCAAGCUACAUGCAUUAUAACAAACAAAACUGACUUUCUUUGCCUAUGGUAUUAGGUAAGACCUCUCUGAACAUUGAAGAGAACUUUGAUUUGACUUAAUUUUUCUAAUAGGGAGAAUGGAUUCUGUAUGAACUUAGAAAAUGAUAAAAAUAGUUACUUAAAUAAAAUGUUUCAACUUUAAGAGAAAGAAAAAAGUGCUUUAAAGCAAAGUCUGUGAUGUGAUAAAAAAUAGAAAUCUUUCAAAUUGGCAGAUUUUAUUUAACACAGAAAAAUACUUUAAUAAGCUAUAUACUAGUGGUGUUGUAAAAAUACUCCACUAAAGUAUACUAGCGGUGUUGCAAAAAUACCACAAUAAGGUAUACUAGUGGUGUUACUGUAACAAAAGUAAAACAUUCCAUUUACUAAUAAAAUGCUUAAAAAACAUAUACGUUUUUAAUGCUAUUAAUACUGCACUGCCCAUGAUUAGACAAUUGUAAUAGCUUAAAAUGGGAGGAUGUGCAAGAAAAUGUGCUUGAUGAAUGCUGUUUCCAUAAAAAUAAUAAUACUAUUUUUUAAGGCAUUACUACUGCUUUUUUAAUAUCAUUUGUAUGUUUAUUACUAAUGUUAAUAGAUAUUACACUUUAUUUUAUUU